CUGGCUUGCUUCUUCCUCCGCGAGGGAAUUUCUCAGCCGGGAAGGGGCGCCAAGGAGGCGGCGGCGGGGGGCGAGGGAGAUUUCCCUCCUGGCUGUGGGUCGGAGGGGGUUUUCCCGCCCUGGAAAUUCCUCCCCCUCCGCCCCGGGGCCUAUAAAAGGGCCAGGCCAGCGCAGCCACUCUCAGCCCGCUCUUUCCCUUUCAGGCUUUCAGAGGAAAACACUUUCUCUCGCCUCGGUUUCCUUUCCAACUCGCGCUCAAGCCAUGGCCUCCCUCGCUCCUGCAUCGCUUGUCUUCCUCCUGGCCUUCCAGACGGCAAUGACCUUUGAGAUUAUGGACAUUGCAUCAGGCCAUAACAUUGCUGCCCAGAUUGGCACCCGCCUGGUGCUACAUUGCUGCACAACUGGGUGCAAAUCCCCCGAUUUCUCUUGGAGAACCCAGUUGGACAACCCAUUGGGAGGGACCAUGAGCCGCCAAGGAAGCAACUCCUCCUUAACCUUGGCAUCGGUUGGGUUUGAACACGAGCAAAAUUAUGUCUGCAAUGCUAUUUGUGGCAAAGAGAGAAAAGAAAGGAGAGUCCAGAUUGACAUCUACUCCUUCCCCAGUGAUCCUGUUAUCGAGACUGACGGCCCACUUGUUCUUGGGAAGCCAUCUACUAUCAGCUGCCACGUUCCUAAAGUGUAUCCGUCUGAACGCCUGGUGCUGUCUUUGAAGAGAGAGGAAAAAGUUCUUAAGGAAGCAGAGUUCUUUCAUGAAACACCCACCAAAUCCCUAGAAACUAAAACACUGUCUGUUACCUUUACUCCAACUGAGGAAGAUAUUGGAAAAGAGAUCACAUGCUUCGCUGAAUUGCCAAUAGAGGAGAUGGAGUUUGAACCCAAGCAGAGGCAGGCAAAACGUCUCCUUGAUGUGAACUUUGGUCCACGGAAUACACACCUUACUGCAUCUCCAGGGAAGACCCUUUUGGAAGGAGAAGCAGUGAUGCUUAGCUGUGAGACGGAAAGCCAUCCGCCAGCAAAGACUGUCUGGAAGAAGCAGCUUGCCAAUGAAACUUUCCAACAUAUUGCAGAAAGUUAUAAUUUCUCCAUUCCAAAUGCUCAGUUCUCAGAUUCAGGAAUUUACAUCUGCGAAGCCACAAAUGAUGUAACCAGUGAAAUGGAGAAGAGAAUGGUGUCCAUAACUGUACAAGGUGCCCCCAGACACCUAGAGUUCUCCAUCCUUCCUGCCUCAACAGUGCAAGAAGGGGAAAGUGUGACUCUCCAGUGUUCUGCAGAGAGCGAUCCCACUGCCAGAGUGGUGAUCCGGAGGACAUUUCCCCGAGAGAGUGAAAUCCAGGGUGGAUUUCUCCAUAUCCCAAGAGUGAACCCUGAUGACGCAGGAGAUUAUGAGUGUCGAGCGGAGAAUCAAUUUGGGACAAUUAAAAGGAUAACAUCACUCACUGUGGAAUCCUUUUCAACAACGACUCCAACGGUAACUGAUGGACCCAAAAUAACUACUGAGGUGGAAGAUUUCACUCUUAAGACUACAGCUUCUGAUGCUCCCCAGCAAGAGGCUGAUCAUCUGGAAAAUACAACUCCACCUGCCCCACAAGGCACACUCUCUCAAACAUAUACAACAUCCAAAAACAAUACAACUACAUAUGUGGUGGAUAAUGAUGUUAGCAAUGGCACAGAAGUGAUUGGAAUAUUCAUGGACGAAAUAAAAGAGCCAGAUUAUGUGAUUCCUGUGAUCAUUGUGGUUUCCGCCUUGGCAACGGCAGCCGCCCCCAUGACAGUGCUAUUGAUUUACAUCUUUAGGAAGGCAAAGAUCAAUGGGUCCUACAGUCUUGCGAAGUCACUGAAGCCAGAAGUGUGAAAUAAGGAGCAUCUACACAUUUGGUUCAACUUUAUCAAGCAGGUUGUGUCGUGAGAGGACUCGUGUGUGCCUUCUCCACUGCAAAGCUCCCUGGGCGGCCCUGGGCCUGAAAAUGGGAUUGCUUCCAGACGAGGCCUUUAUUGUGCAAUUUCCCUGACUUUAUGCUGAAAAGGGGGACUGGGAAGAGGGAGAUGUCAUUUUCCAUUUGCCGCUCUCCUGUGUUUUCCCAUUGUUUCUUCUGUUUUAUUUCCUAGAGGAAAAACAUCUAUUGAGGAUGGAAAGACAGAAUAAUUGCACAGUGCCUUUUUGAUCGGCAGCACUAGGAACUGUUUGUCUGGUUGCACCCUGUUUCUCCAGAUCACCUACCUCACAGGAUUGUUGUGUAAUAUUAAAGUAGGAUGGCAAAUACAACUGUAUUCUAAGAUCCUGCAAGAAAAGGCAGCUUUUUCUAAUGCUCCACUUUUUUGUAAACGAGAGGUGGGAAGACUGCCUGCAGGAGAAUUAUUUCUUUUUUUUUUUUUUUGGAAGGAAAGGAAAUCCUAGAAACAUCCAGUUUUCCUUCCUCAAAGAUAAUGUAUAGUUUCCUGGGCAGAGUUUAAGCUCCACGUGUGUUGAUGCUAUAUAGAGACAUUCAAUUCCACAGAGAGGAAAGCAAUCAUUGCCAAAUUGUUUUAAAAAGCAAUAUGGAACAUUUUCUUUCCAGUAAGAGCAUGAUCCAGCAAAAGUUAAAAAUUUAACCACUUGAGAGGUGUUUAUUCCAAUUGCGAUCAGCAUUUAAUAUUAAUGGGAGUGCUCACUUCAGUGUGUUCCUAGCAAAACACAACUUGGAGGUAUUGCUGUCUAGAGAGUUUAGGAGUUGUAAUAAAAAACAAUAACUUUCUAAAACUCAGGGGUAUGCUUUUGUAUGACACCCCCAUUAUCACUCAAUUACAAUAACAAAAAGGUAAAGGUUUUCCCCUGACAUUAAAUCUAGUCGAGUCUGACUCUGGGGAGGGGGGGGGGGUGCUCAUCUCCAUUCCUAAGCUGAAGAGCCGGUGUUGUCCAUAGACAUCUCCAAGGUCAUGUGAGUGGCGUGAUCACAUGGAGUGCCAUUUUCCUGCAAAAGUAGUACCUAUUGAUCUCARAUUUGCAUGUUUUUAAACUGCUAAGUAGGCAGAAGCUGGGACUAACAAUGGGAGCUCACCCCAUUCUGCAGAUUCAAACUGCCGAUCUACUGGUCAGCAAAUUCUGCAGCUUAGUGGUUUAAGCCGCUGUGCCACUGGGGCCCAUUUGUAAUGAUACGGUCUCACAAUUUCAUAGGACAACUUCACUCUCAGCUGGAGUUUUGAGGAUGAUUGGAAGCAAUUUCUCGGUAUUCUGAUCAAACUAGUUUUCCAGGACUGAGUAAUGGCAAAACAGUUAAAACUGACAUAAGUUUGUAAUGUUGAGAAAGGUCCUGUUGUUUCAUUCCAAGUGUCUUUAUGAAGUUAGACAACAAUCCUCUGCUCACCGAAUAGAACUUGGCCUCAUUGAACUCAAUGAGACUUCAGUCUGCUGUAGUCUUGUU